GCUAAGCAGAAUCAGCAGACACCCACCUGACAUGUACAUGCUACGGACACUAUCAGCCAGCGCGACGAAACGGUUCGCCGUCUGCGAAAUACGACCGUCCAGCUCUCUGCCAUGUAGACGGUCCUUCAGCGUUUUUAUUUCCACCCGUAUCCCCUCAGCGCACGCUGCACAACAUCCCCGAGCCGCGUCUCCAACCAGUCGCACACAUGCUCUCUUCACGCGCUACUCCUCUUCCAAUUCAGCAAUAUCUGACCCAUCUCGCCCCGACCUCUUCUACCACCUCGUUUCGCUUCCUACGAUCGGUUCAGCCUAUGCAAUUUCCUUCCUCACUCAACCACCCCCAACCCCCGAUUCGUGCUCAGUAAUGGGAUGGCUGCCCGCAGAAACUGCAGGAGAAGGGGACGCGGAAGCCGGGCUCAAUGAUUUCGUAGAGAACCCCAAGUUUCGCGCAAUCAUGCACAAGGCAAUCCAAACUGGCCUACGAGAAAAAGUGGAUGACAUUUGGAUGAACGGUGCACUGCAAUUGCAACAAGGCUGGAUGCAUAUACAUGACAGCCGCAACCUUCCAGCACUAGGCAGAAUAGGCGACCCGGAUGAUAUCAUCGCCUCCGUGUUAGUGCAGGACAGCAAAAUUCUUCCCGAGACAUACCAGCCUAUGCCAUCAUAUCGCCUUUGCACUUCUGAUGGUCCGACACUUCUUACAGAUGGCCUUGCAGCCAAGUUGAAGUCGGUACUACAGGAAGCCGUCGCCGGAGAAGCAUCCCAGUGACGUCCCCUUGUGCCCGCGUCACCACCACCCUCAGCCGCAGAGGUUAAAAACUCAUGUUCGCCUGGUGAUCACUAGUGAUCAUGGACAACUAGUACUUAUCACUCACAUUAUUCCACUUCCUACUGAACACUGCAUAUCAUACUUGCAUCUUCACAUAGUCACACCCAUAUUAGCCAAACCCUCAUGCAUGCAUGUCCUGCAGUUCGAAACUGAAAAGUGUGCCUCC